AUUAAUGGAAGAAAUGUGCAAAAAGAACUUUUGCCAUUAACAAAGAAAUAAUGUUUGUUCUCUAGAGACAUAAGGACUUGACAAUAUGUUGUACCCAGUGGAACACAAGACUGUGUUUGUAUUAGACAGAGGCCCCCUGUUUGGGCGUUCCUGUAAGCAGAGUAUAGAGUACGAUGUGAUGUCUAAGACUAAGACUCCGGGAAUCAUUCCCGCCGCCCCGAUCAUGAAGUCCAUGUGGACGUGUAACGUGGAAACUAUGAUUGAGUACAUGAGGAUUGUGUUCGAUAUUUUCCCUUCAAAACGAUUGAUUCGAGUGGUUGUAGGGGAUGAAACUCUGAAUAGCUGGCAGCAGAAAGAUCAAAACAUACAACAGGUGAUGUUGUCACUUGGACAGGUUGGUCCCCCAAGUCCAAAAUCAAAGGAGGAAGAGAAUGUGAUCCGAGGCCUCACCGAGGCAGUACAGGCACUGUGUGACCCCACUGAACAACAGCAAGAAAUAGACCAGGACGUCAUACAGAACAAGGGGAGGAUCAUAUGUCUCACCUCAGCCAAGAGUGAGAACCAAAUGAGAGCUUUUGAAGAGUGUGUCAGUGAUGCCAUAAUACAACACAACCAGCUUGCUGAGGACUCUGUAAGCUUACUUCCUAUCAGCCAUUGUGAACUGGUUCUCGUACAUGUGACACCUGUAGGAGAUGAGACCAAGAUUACAGAGAGACAGAACAGAGAGAUAUCUCCUCUAUUGUUUGGAGAGGUCCAUGUAACACAGUCCGCUAAGUUCCUGUACAAUAAGUUGAUACAACUGGUCCAGUUCCACUAUGGUCUGUCCUCCACAACAGUUACCGGCAUUCCCAUGAAGGAAGAACAAAAUGCCAGCUCUUCAGCGAAUUAUGAUGUAGAAUUAUUGCACCCUUCACAAGCCCACGAUGAUAUCAUGAAGUCCGCUCACAGUGAUGGUUUGGUGAUUCCAUCUAAGGAAGGGCUCCCUACAGAAACAGUCACCCUAAAGUGGUGUACCCCUAAGUCCAAUGUUGUAGAGCUCCAGUACUGUACGUGUGCGGCACGGAUCACCCCGGUGGACGUCAACAGUCGGCCGUCCUCCUGUCUCACUAACUUCCUCCUCAGUGGUCGAGCUGUAAUGUUGGAGCAGCCACGUAAGUCCGGGACCAAGGUCAUCUCCCACAUGCUGGCCAGCCACGGGGGGGAGAUCUUUAUCCACUCCAUCAACACGGCGCGCUCACUACUGGAGGACCCGCCCUCAAUCAGUGAGGGGUGUGGGGGGAGAGUCACAGAUUACAGAAUUAAUGUUAGUAUGACCCUCAAUCAGUGA